GUUAGCACUCCAAGUUCAAAAGAAAAGUGCCGGUCAACAGUGUUCCUCACUCCUGAUGGAUGAGAACCACACUACAGCUGGUUUUAUGUCCACGACACAUUUCGGAUCUCUUGUUUGCAUGUCGUUAAACCUUAACUACAACGCUGAUUAACCCGGGAAGAUGUUCAACUGGUUGGUAGGAUGGACAGUUUGCCUUCUCGUGUUCAAAACGACGAGCACCGACGAUGCAGCGGUGGAUUUUGGAGGCGAGUCCGGCUCCGGGAUGCUGCAGACAGAUGAGGUGAACAUUCUGCAGGAGCUUUCUCUUCAGGUGUCGAACAGCAGUAACGCCUCCAUGACUGUGGAUGACAACAGGUGUCAAGUCCUACAGGUGGGACAGUACUCCACCUUGGCUGUCCCUGUUCGAUAUCUCCUGACUGAUGGGUUUGCAGAUGAGUUCAGUUUACUGGUGCAGCUGCAGAGCCCUCAGAGCGAUGAACGCAGCGUCUUCACCAUGCUCAGCCCCGACAGCCACGUUAUGCUGCAGCUGCGGAUCAGUACUUCCGCCAUUAUCUUCAUAGGAACACAGCAGCGACACUAUGAGUUCCCAGUCAGCGGUCUGUCUGAUGGAAAGUGGCACCAUGUGGCCGUCAGUGUGUCUGCCAAGCGGCUGGCGCUGUAUGUGGACUGCUCUCUGCUGGAGAGUGUGGACUGGGUUUACCACGGCAUGGGGAUCAGCACAGAUGGGCUGCUUAUGGUGGGAGGCAUCAUCGAGGGCUUUGAGACUCCAUUUGAAGGUCAUCUCCGACAGCUGACCUUCCUGAUGGGUGACCCAGGUGCUGCCCAACAACACUGCAGCCACCACCCGCCCCGCUGCGGUGAGACCGCCCCUAAGCCUGCUCGCUCCCCGCGAACCAACGCCCUGGAGAAUAUACUGCUGUCCUCGAAUGACCUGGAGGACCUGCUGGGGAAUCCCGAGGACAAGCCAUUUUUGAGCUUUGGCAGAACUAAUAUGUUUCUGCAACGAGGGAGUUCUAGAGGGGACGGGACGGUGCCUUCAGGAUCCGAUCGGAAAGGUACAGUAGGUCGUGGGGAUGUCUUUGUGGUGGAUGAAGAAACUGACUUGCUGGAUCCAAUAUUCCAAAAUGGCGGACAAGUCAACCCUCAGUGGAAACCUUCCAGAAAUGGACUGAAGGGAAGCCAGAAGGAGAAAUCGAAACUAUUAGAGGAGAACAUAACCACAGACAAAAAGACCGACUCCAGUGGGAGAACUACAUCACUGUUCCCCAGAAAACCAUCCAAUGACAUCACUGACCUGGACAUCGGAAGUGCCACCAAGAAGCCCUCUGUGGGCUUUCCUGUACUUCCUACGAUCCCUUCAGAUCCCAGAACAUCCACAGACUCCACACACACACUAAGGGAGGAGACAGAUGAAAGGUCCGGGUCUGUCUCCCCUACACCUCAUGUCACCAUCACCAAUGGUAAACAACCAGACAAGGAGCAACCCGGCAUUGUGACCAUUGUAUCCAGGGACAGAGACCUGGUCUUGGGCUCGGAUGGCAAAAAGUAUCGGCUCCAGAGAGGACCACCGGGCCGAAUGGGUCUCCCAGGACAGGAGGGCUGUCCUGGUGAGCCUGGCCUUCCUGGGUUUAAAGGUGAUAAGGGUAACACAGGCCCUGAAGGGAGUCCAGGAAGAAAGGGGGAGCCAGGACCUCCUGGACCGGCAGGUUUACCAACCCUCUACCUGUGGAAGAACACAGCGGAGGAAUGGGCUGCCUUUCAGCAAACCAAUUUCUACCAGUUACUCCGUGCUGGUUGGCCUAGUAAAGAAGGCCCUGCAGGACCACCUGGAGAGACAGGCAGGCCUGGCAUACAGGGGCCACCUGGUGAACCUGGGGAGCGAGGACGACCAGGGAUGCCAGGAGAGAUGGGUGAGCCGGGUCACAGGGGCCCUCCAGGACGAGACGGGACCCCGGGAAGAGACGGGGAAAAUGGAGAAGAUGGUCAGCCCGGAUCAGCUGGUGCUCCGGGAACACAGGGCCCGUGGGGAUACAGGGGAGAACGAGGGUCCAAAGGGGAAAAAGGUGAUGAGGGUCUCAUUGGCCUCAAUGGUCCAAGAGGGGAAAAUGGCGAACCGGGUGAGAAGGGCUCAACUGGUUUGCCAGGCCCACCUGGUCCUGUCGGACCACCGGGUCCUCAGGGGAUCCGAGGUGGCUACGGGCCAGAGGGGCCCCGUGGGCCUGAUGGGGAGAAUGGACUGGAUGGCCCCCCAGGUCUGCCAGGGCCGACGGGCGCACCAGGUUCUACAGGACAAGUUGGCAGUCAAGGAGUUAAUGGUUCAAGGGGGGACAUGGGACCUGCUGGCAGCAUUGGUCCUAAAGGCCCACAGGGGCCUCCAGGUUUAGAGGGACAGAUGGGACCUCCAGGACUCAGAGGACCCCAAGGACACCCAGGGCUGAUAGGUGCUCCUGGACUUAAAGGAGAUCCCGGGCCUAUGGGGCCCCUGGGUGCCCGGGGGGAUCCCGGCUUUGAGGGGCCCAUGGGUGCACCAGGGGAACGGGGUCCCAUGGGUUUUCCCGGGGUAACGGGUAAAAGGGGACCAGAUGGAGACAAGGGGGAUCCAGGAACUAAAGGCGACAAAGUUCACUUAGACAAGUCAGAUUCACCAAACUCUUGUGACUGCACAGACCUGCUCAUUUACCAUUGA